UCAUCCUGUGCAAGUCUGUCAAGCAAAGUGCCAAUCACGCAAAAACCACUUGGAAGAUCGCAAAAAGCCCGAUACCCAGUGUAUUCGCAGUUAUAAAGCUAAAGAAAGGCCAAAGGAAAGUUCAAACAUGUCUCGCAAAGCAGCCAUAGUCGAAGAGUUUGACGACGAUACCGACCUUGCGCUCCCAUCGCGACCUCUGCCCAAUACUGGCACGCGGGGACCUCUGCUCGAGGAGAUCGAUUAUGCAGACGAUGGAGAUGAUGAUGACGAAGACGAAGAUUCGGACGAGGCUCCUUUUUUGAGGGGCCCAACGGCGGGGCCUGCAUCGCCAUCUCGACCAGCAGCUUCAUCAGACGGUAUGCCGUCAAAUACUGUAACAGAUAUCACUCCAUACAAGAAAUGGACGUGUAUCUAUCCGAUCUACAUCGACGCUAAACGGUCGUAUGGGACAGGCGAGCGCCGAAUCCCGCGAGAGAAGAGCGUGUGGUGGCCGUUGAGCAAGGAUAUUGCAGACGCGAGUGUUAGGCUGGGCCUUAGAUCUCUGCACGAGGUGAAUAAAGCACAUCCGCGCGACUGGGAGAAUCCUGGGCGUGUUCGCGUACAAUGGAAGAAGGAUGGACGACUCUUGAACGGUGCUAUCAAAUCCAAAAAGCAGCUUUUGGAGAUGAUAUCGUUCCAAAUUCAGCGGAUCAAACCUGAUAGUAUCCCGAUACCACCAUACACGACAGCAUCAUCUCGCGUCACGACGCCUACCCCGGCCAAGACUGUACCAUCGAUUUCGAAAGGCAAGCAGCCUGCAUCGAAAUCCAAGGCCGGUAUUCCUGCUGCACCACUGCAAAAGUUCGGUGGAGGGCGCAAGAUGCCUGUGCCGCCUGAGCCGCACCCUCCGCUUGCGAGUCGUGUCUCGCCGUACUCACCUGCGCUGCCAUCGGGCGUACUGAUAGAAGCGGUCAAGGCGGGAAUGAAUGCUCAGGAGUCUGGUGGUGGUGGUGCAGCACCUGGAGGGCCAGCUGGAGGUGUACAGAAAGGCAAGCGGAAGGUCUUACGUGUGAGAGGAUGAUUUAUUUACUGGGACCGUACAUCGAGAAAGUAAAGCUUUGUGAUGGCUAUAAUUGAUCUUGGGGAUGCAAGGCAAGAUAGGCCAAAGCACAAACAAAGUAGAACGUAAAAUAUGUAUUGCAAUUGAAUAGAAUUUCUUACACCGCGGUGAUGGUA